AAAGAGAGAUUCGAUAUCAUAAUCAAUAGCACUAAAAUCAAAUUGUUUCGUUGAACUUUGUUAAACAGUGUAUUUGGAGCAGGGAUAUAGCAUAUAAAUGCUGUUCAAGUUAUGUCAAAUAGGAAUUCUCUCCUUUUAUUUUGUUACUUACCUGUGAUCUACAUUUAGAUUGGUAUUUCCGGGGCUCUUGUUGAUGAUUGAACAGAUUAGGUAACUGACGAUUCAGUCAUACAAAAGAGUCUGAUAUAAAUGAAACAUUUGUACAGAAGACUUUAAUACAGAGGCUUUGAUGGCAAAUGUCUUGGUUAGCCAGCAAGGACAGUCGAAAUUCGGAUCAGCUUGCUCCGCCUGUGGUGUUGUCUUUAACCGCCUAACAGUUCAUGGAGGCAGUGUUUGUCGAAAAUGUGAUAGAGAAUUUUGUGCCAGUUGCUACAGUCUCAAAAUAAAACUAGAUUUGUCGACUCGUUCUACACCGUCCGCCAAUCACUGCGAAACCUGUGAACAACUCAUUGAAAUAAAAAUGGGGGUUAGUCGAAGUGAUGAGACUCGACAAAGUGAAAGGACACACAGAAAUGGCAUGUCUUCAGAAGAAAAACUGCAAAAUAAGACUCAUCCGGUGAAACCUCCGCGUGUCGCACAAGAAAAACUACAGAACGAUGGAAAUGAUAUAAACAAAUCGACCUCAAAUAUCGACCCUACCAAUUUUCAAGCUUGUAGCAUGUCUGCGUCCGGCGUAGAAGAAUUAGAAAAAUGUAGUCAAUCCAUUGCACAGCAUUUCAAUGAACCUGAUUUCAGCAGUCAUAACCGUUUCAGGGCAAAACGAAAUGAAAGAGGCCUAUGCUCGAAGUCGGAUGUGCCAAAUGUAAUAGAUAACAGAUAUUACUUCCUUAGCAGAAAAGACAUGAUUCCAGCUGAAACAUUGACGACAGACAUGGCAGCAAGAAAUUCUUUUAGAGGGACACCAUUUCAAAAUCCCAAAAGCCUGCCUCAGGCCAUACACUCUUCCAAACUGAACAGAGAAUAUCAGAUGAUUCCAAACGAUAAACACAGUGAUAAGUUUGAUGAUGCAUUUGAAGAGGGGCUUUACAACGAAAUUCCAGAGAGAUAUGCACGAAAUGAUCCAAUGCUUAAAUCUUCAUAUUCUUAUAGGCAAGAAGAGACUGCAAGAAGACCAGACAGACAUUUACAAAACAACACAACGCAAUCAGAAGAGGGAGAGGUUAGUUGGAGAACAGAGAAAUAUCCACGAAAAAAUAAGUUGCUUGACAACACAAAUCCAUAUAUGCAAGAAGAGUGUGCAAGAAGAUCAGACAGGCGUUUACAAAACAGUCAAAAUCAAUCUGAGAAAGUAAUUGAACACAGGAAAUCAGAGGAAUUUCCACAAAACAGUCAGUUUUAUAACGAGACCAUAGUAUACCCAGAAUCGCCUGAAGAGGUUCCGUACACCGAUCGACGGCAGACUGCGACAACUGGACGCAGCAAUCAAUGGUAUCAUAGUAGUUACAAUUCGGGGGAUCCAGAGAAUAGUUAUCGGCGCAAUAAACCUGCAUAUCAUUGGGAAUCAUCACAUUCUUCAAGACAAAGCGUUCGUCCUUCUGCACAGUUUGCUGGAGACGAGACUUACGGACCCUACGGCGAUCCAAUCAGAAAAGACGAUCUUGAAGACUUUGAUGACCUUGAUGACGUACCGGCUUUUGAUGACAUACCAUACGCUCUAAUUAUUACUGGGAUGCUUGAUGAUAAAACGAUCAUUAGGGCCAAAAGAAAACAAAUGCAACAAAUGGCUUUAGAUCUAAUAAAAGGACAAUCUGGCAAAUUGAAGGCAGGUGAAAAAAUGAAUAAAAAUAAAAACCAAGGACCAUUUGUUUCGAAGAGUAGUCGGACCAGGACAGAAACAUACAGGGAACAAGUUCUAGCGAACAGAACACAUCCCUCAGGGGAAGCCUUUCAAAGUCAUCUGAGAAACAGUGUAGAUAACAAGGAUACAACUUCUCAGUCAGGAAACGAAUUUUUUCAAAAACAAACGAUUGAUACAAGCAGCUCGAAUAGACUCAGAACUAUUACAGAAACUGGUCAUGAUGAAACGCAAAAGCCAUCGGAUGAAGCAAGAAUCCUAAACAAGGAUAGUAAAACCAAUUCAGACGAAACUGUGACAAAUGUAACGAAGAUUAGUUUUAAAGGAAGUGUAGAAAUUGAAAAACAAAAAAGCGAUCUAGAACGAUCUUCGUCACCAUUUCAUAUUGCUGAUGAAAUGGAAGACACAACAUCUAAUUUUGUCACAAGGCCUGACAUGAAGCAGGUUAAUGAAGAACAAAAGAAGCCAGUUAAUGAGAAACAACGAUCGGAGACAGAGAAGGAAAAAUUUAUUAGAGAGAAGCGACUCGAGAAACUGAAGAUAGAAGAAAUCAGUGGCGUUAAUAAAGUACCAGAGAUAACACAAAAACACAAACCCGACAACAGAGAAGUAACAUUUCACUCUGAUAUAGUGCAUAAACCCGUGAAAUCGAAAGCUUUUCGUUCAAAGGUUCCGAAUUUUAUGAGUGAUAAUGAACCACAGCAGAAGAAAGAUGAUACCCCAGAAGCUACUGAGUGUAGAAAUAAUUCAGUAGAACAGCAUAUUCCGUCCAAAAUGAAAUCCAUUUCAAGCGCUUCAAAUACAAGAAAUGAUAAGAAACCUGAUGGACAGCCAUCAGCAACGAAACUUCAGACAACGAAAGAUGAGCCCACCGGGAAGGGUAUACCACAGCGUAACACGAACUUUACAGGAAAUAAAGAAAAAGAUAUAAAAAAUAUGGUCGAGUUAAAGGGUACAUCAAAAGAAUCUGGCAUACAUGACGUUGAAGGCGACAGAGAUAUCAGCGACGAAGAGACUGAGCCGAUCGCAAUGAAAAUGCUAAGGAGACAAAACCAACAGACAAAAAUGAAACAUUCGGGCUACUUCAGUAAGCAGCAGCCUGUAAUGCAUCCUGAUGAUGAUGAUAAAGACCUAGUAGAACCAUCCGCAAUGCGUAUCUUACGGCAGUCUAAAGAAGCAAAAGAAAGAAGCGAGCGGAAGGAAACGAAAGAUGGAAGCUUGUCACAGACCAGUAUAUCACCAAUACUCGAUGCGCUGUUUGGCGGGAAGCCUGGUAGCAUUACGCAGGGAGAUACAAGUAGCACACUAAGAAUAUCUGAUUUUGGAAAUACUGCAAGAAAAUCAAAACAGUUGAAGAAAAAUAAAAAUAAAAAUGUGUCCCCGUUACAAAAAGGAGUGGAAUCUUCUGUAGGAGAAACAAGGCGUACUGAAGACACGGUAGGUCGUGUCCUUUUAGUCAUUGGACUUGAUAAGCAACCCGAUGAUGAAGAAGUUACCAACGGUAAUGAAUUCCAAAGUGUUCCUGUUACGAUUCUUAAAGUUGCUGACAAGCGACACAAAGCUUUCCAGAAACUGAAAAUGUCGCAGUCUGAGGAUUAUUUGAAAUGUACAUCGUGUGGACGACCAGAAUGUCAAGGCCAUAAUAUAAAGAAGAUGAAAGAGAUAAUUAGAAUUGCAAAGCAGGCUGGUUUUGAAGUUCGAGAUGUUAUUCCAGAUGGAAACUGUAUGUUUGCUGCUGUUGUUGAUCAGCUGCAGCUGUAUGGAGAUUACAGAUUCGGACCAAAGUCUCUCCGGGAAGCCGCCGUCUCUUGGCUAAUUGAACAUCCAUUUAGUGAUGAUGGCACCCAUUAUUCUAGCUUUUUGGCCGAAGAUUGGGAAGUUUAUCUCCAAAGAAUGAUGGCUGAAGGGGAAUGGGGUGAUCACUUGAUUCUACGAGCUGUCGUGGAAACCAUUGGCCAUACCAUAAAAGUCCUUAACGUCAGUGGUGAAGAGUCACACUGGACAAUACUUGAGCCAGCGUCUAUUGAUGUUUCUAAAGAUGGAAUGCAUUUGGUUUUGGGCCAUGUUGGAGAAUUCCACUACACAAGCCUAAGACCAGCAGAUGCAAAAACCGGUUCGUUUGUCCCAGUUCCAAUGUCACCGAUAGUUCAAGAUGCACAGGUCGCCGAUGAUGAUGGGCAAAUUUCUCUUGAAGGUACGGAAACAGUUGAAAUGUUCCGUGAAGACUAUGUAGAUACGUGGAGUGACAUGCCGUCAGUUCACUUCUCAUACUUGUUGAAAAAUGUCAUUCCUAUAAAAGUUGUUGACAAGGCGGCGAUCAUACAGUCACAGUUUACGGAUAAUCUAAGUGGUUCUGUUAAUUUCCGGGUGGUUGAAUCUUCAACUGGUACUCCUAUUGAAAUGGAUACUGAGUUCGGGGGUAGCGUGGCUGAAGGCGUGUAUGUUCCACACCUGAAGGCAACAAUAGGUGAAGAUGCGAGCGUUAGUGACAUUGUGACCUUAGAUGUGUAUGGAAUAAUGAAGAAAUACAUUGUCGUCGGACAAAAGUCAGAAGCUGUUCUUGGUGAAGGAAGACUGGAAUGUGUGGUGGAUACAACUGGUGUCCAUACAGGUUAUGCGAAACUUUUGAGCACACAGUGGCUUUCUGGUGGACUUGAAGAAUACUCAAGGUAUCUUCCACAAAUCAAAACGCAGAAUGAUGGCAGCGAUGUAGACCGUUGUCUUAGAGGUUGUGACCUGCCACGUCUUCAUUUUAGGCGAAUCAGCGCCCUACGGUGCAGAGAUUGGCCAGAAUGUGCAAAAUCAUGGGUUUCACGCGUACGCCGGGAGGGGUGGCCGGCAAAGGAUAUCAUAUCGUCGAUUAAGGCUGAUGGCUGUUUGCUUCUGUCAGAUGCCCACAAAGAAAGCAAAUGUCCCGAUAUUGAAUGGCAAUUUUCAUUUGCCAUUUGCGAGAGAAAAUUAUUUAAAGAUGCUGUUUCCUUGUACCAAAAAUACUGUUACAUACUCUUUGACGCCUUAUGCACACAAACGAUGCACCAUUUGGAAUCCAUCUGCUCAUCACAUUUUAAAAAUGUGUUCUUUUACGCGUGUGAGAGAAUACCUUUGGAAUUUUGGGAGUCUAGUCCUGGCGCAUGCGUAUUUUAUAUGCUGGAUGAGUUGCUCCGCUAUAUCAGAGCGAAAAAUCUGCCACAUUAUUUCGUCCAUGCCAAUAACAUGAUAGACCAUCUCAAGGAAAAAGAUUUCAAAGAAAUAGAAGAACAGAUAAUCCUUCUACGAUCCCAGCCUGUAUUGUUUCUUCGGCAGAUAAAUGAAAGCCUUGGCAUGCUGCCACAUGGAAAUACAAUAAUCGAUAAAGUCACCGAUGAUAUUGCGAAGUUCAAGGAGCACAAAAGCUUGAAAAGGUCGACAUUAGAAGUAUUCAUUCCAGCAACAAUUGAUACAGCACAAUAUUGCAUCAGAAUGCGUUCGUUCGAGGAAGGUUACGAAAUUUUGUCACAGGCAUUUCAGCAGCGUUUGUCAGUCAGCACAUGCGACGAUUCAGUGCCGUUUCAGAUUUUCCUUCCGGGUGCCGUCAGCGGCCUGGACCUUGAUUCCCUGGUAUGGUUCUCGGCUUUCACAGAUAGACAGUUGGAAGGUCAACUUUCUAAAUCUCUGGUUAGGGAAACAUGUGGUGAUUUGCAGCUAGUCAAAAUAAAGGAUAUUCUUCCUGCCGAUGUAGUCGGAUCUUACGGAAAUACAGAAGUCCCAGCUGAGUUCUCACACAGACUUUGUUCAUUUUGCUACGACUUUGCAAAAUUUCUUUUCCAGACGAACAAACUUUCAGAGAUUCUCCCAAUCCUUUAUCAUUGUCAUGAAAUUUUUGUGAAGAAAUUGGAAGAUGCGAAAUCCUUAAAAUCAGCGCAUGACAGAAACGAUGAGCAACAGGCAAGUAAGGAUUUUACAGACGAGGCGAUGUUUGACAUUUACACCGCCAUGUAUACGGUGUACAAGAAACAACAGCAGAUGGAAUUUUUCCGUGCCGUGAUGCCAGUUGUGGAUGCCCUAGUUGAAAGAAUACAUACAAGAUGGGCAUACAACUGUCUCUGCCAUAUGUACCAAAGUAUUGGCGAUAAAGGAAAGCUAACGAUCGGUUUAAGCAUUUACGAGCAGUUACCUGAAGACCCAUUGGAACAAACGCGUGUUACGGCGUUUUUGUACUGGCCGCGUAAAGUGAAAACAUACAGCGUUUAUAGUACCGUGUAAGUUAAGGUUCCUGACUUCGGUUCACCUAACAUUCACCGCUUUGGUGUAGCAUCUCUUUCAUAUAAAGAAGCUACUGUGAUAUUAUUAUAAGUACUUGGAGGAAGGUUUUUGCAAAGAUGUGGUUCUUGCACAAACCCUUGCAAUUAAAUCUCAAAAAAGAAACAAAGUCCCUUUUUAUUUUAUUUUAUUUUCUAAUUUGAAAUAUUCCAAUUCAAAACCCCACGAAAUGACCGCUUCGGCCAAAACAACGAUAAAAAUAAAUGAUUUCUCAAUAUCCAGCUGACUUACGGAAGGUCGGUGGUUCUACCGAAUUGCCUGUAAUGAUAAAUUAAUGAUCGAAGGGGCAUCUAGGGUCUUCCUCCAACAUGAAAAGCUGGAGAUUUCCGAUAUAACCGAUAUACUGUAUAGAUAAUUGUGUUUGUGUGACAAAAUAUUAAGAGCUAGUAACACCUUUGGAACUAAAUAAGAAAAAGAUUUUAAUUUCGAAGAUAAUAUUAAAAUGUGGUCGUGUUGUGUAUAUUUAAUAUAUGUGAUACCAUGUGCCUAUAUUAUGAUAUGUACUUUGUAUCCAUAGUAUUGUUUUAUUGUGAAUUGUAUGAUAUUCCACAUCCAGCUUUUUUAAAAUUACAUUUAAGCGUUUUUAUGUAGAUUUCGAAACGUCAAAUAAUAAUUUGAACUUAGAAUAUUUAUUGUUUUCCUUACGUAGAGGAUAUUGGUUUGUUUCAGCGUAAGAUUGAAAUAUCUUUCUCUAAUGAACACCUGAUGCAGUAAUUCUACGAGUGGCGUAAAUGUAAGAUAAAAUGUUCAUAAGUGAAAGAUAGUUUUGUCUUGCAUGUAAAACAAUUUUUCUUUUUAUUUCAUGUUUUGAUAUAAUUGUUUAAUAUUAUAUUUUUCCGUUAGAGCUUCCUUUUGAUGUGAGCCUUUGCAAAUGCGUGUCUUUUAGCCUGUGUUUGUAGUGCUCUGUGCUUCCGAGAAAUUUAUAUAUAUAGCCUUACCAGUUAUCUUCUGACUAACUUUAUAUUUUCAUACAUAUAUUUCUUAGUAACAUUUCGAUAAUUUUCUGAAAAAACAUGUAAUAAUAGUUUGUUCCUCCUACAUCCUUCACCAGUUUUUCAGAUUUGAGCCGCUCCAUGAGGAAACCAACAUAGUGUUUUUGCGACCAGCAUGGAUCGAGACCAAGCUGCGGAUGCGCGGGCUGGUUUGGAUCCAUGCUGGUCGGAAAUGCACUAUAUUGGUUUUCUCAUGGCUCGGCUCAUUUAAUGAAAUUUAUCAUUGUAGACUGUAUUUUUGCAUAUUUGAAGAUCGUCUAGUUGGCCGACAUUAAGCGGAGUUACAGUAGUUCGGUAGCGGGGUCAACGUGUUUCAUGCUACGUAUUUUAUUAGUUAUAAGACUUUAAUUAUUCAAGAUUUUGUUUUGUUUUAGAAGAUUAUUGUUAUUCAUUUUUGUUGAAAAUAGUGAGUUAAAUAUUGUUAUUUUGUCACUUCAAAGCUGUUUGUAUAUGUUCGUUAAUAAAGGGUUUUACAUUUCA